UUAUUUAUUUCUUUUUUCCCUCUCUUCUUCUUUCUCGUUUUUUCCAUUUUUAUUUUCUGUUGCAAACUAAGCGACGUUAUAUCGUAUGCUAAGAAUGGAACUGAUAAUUCGUUUGAUAAUAAUCUGGCAUUGACAAAAGUUAUUAAGCGAAGUGUAUAAGAGGCGAUUAUAUCGCAUUAUGAUAAUUUAUAUCGUCUAUUCUUGUCAAACUUUGUCGAUUUUAUCGGCGACAUGUUAAUCCUACGAUAUUAAAGGUAAGAGGAAUUAUCGUUGAUCUUAUAAUGGUAUCGAGGAAGAAGAUUAUGUAAUGUCUUGUAAUCGUAACGAUCGUUAUUUCGCAUAAUUUAUAAACCUUUGAUAUAUCGAUUAUAGAUUUAGAAAUAAACGUAAAUUCGUUACGCGAUGUCAUUUUUGACGAAAUUGUUUUAAAAAAGAAAAAAAGAGCAUCGAUACGAUAUUUGGUGGCGAUAAUAUUGAUAUUUUUUUUUCGAAGGUAUAAUGAUAUAUAUUUGUGAGAUAACUUUAUAAUUUUAUAUUAUAAAAGAUAUUUGUAUUUGCGUUGUAAAAAUCAUAAUGAUAAAAUCGUAGAUGUAAACCGUAAAAAAGAAAAAAAAAUUUAUUACGAAUGAUUUGAUGAUAUUAAGUGAAAUUUAUGAAUUGUAACGUUGAUUGGUAUCGGUUUUUUUUAUCUUGAAAUAUAAGUAAUUAGGGAUUAAACGUAUAUUGUAUAGUAUGCUUGAUAUUUAUCGUUACUCGUUACUAUUUAUCGCUGUAUAGCUAUUGUACUCGUUAUUUAUCGAAUCGUUUCGAAUCUUUGGCUUAGCUGUAUUAUCUAUUCUAUUGAAACUAGAAUUUAUUUCGAUUAAAAUUAUCAAAAUUUUUCAUCCUGUUCCUUCGUAGGAUAUAACUCGAUCGUCGAGUUCAACUUUUAUAUUAAUAUUGCUGUUAAAAUAAAUAAUUUAAAUUAUUUGUUGAUCCGUCUUGUCGAUUGUUUUAUUCCUUCGUUCGAACGUGUAUACGAUUACGUGAUAGGUAUCCGUAUAUGUAAAAAAUAGAUAUACGGAAAAUAUCGAAUAUAGAUACGCGUGUAAUAUGCACGUUAUCAUUCUCCUUCGAUGUUGAAUAUACCUUUCCCGCAUCAACUUUUACUACACGUUAAGCGUCUUAUCCGCGGUUCCUUUCCCUUUUUGCUUUUAGUGAAGAGCACGUGUAAGUGCUGCUAUAAAAUGAAUUCGCAUCGACGGCAUCGAUUCAGUCGAUCGCGACAUGUCAUAGGAAUAUUAUUUAAGUAUAUGUCUGCUACCAUUUUUCUUGAUACGAUACAAUCGUGAUCUUCUUCUUGAUCGGACUCGUCCGGAUUAGCCUUUUUUCUGGGUUAACGGUAUUGAACGUGAUAAUAAAAUAAGAACGUAAUUUGAAUCGUUCGAGCGAUUUAUAUUCGAUCUUUGAAAAUAUAAUUUUUGUGUACUUUUUAUUCCAACGUUGAACGGUUGAACGAAGAAUAUUUUCAUUCGCGUAAUGCUAUCUACCUGCAAAGUAUGUUGUGGAAGAAUACCGCAACGAUGGAUAUUUGCGAUAAUGGGAUUUUUAGCAUUAUUCAAUGCCUAUGCGAUGCGUGUUUGUUUAUCGAUUACAAUUACUGAAAUGGUAAUCCCGAUGAAAAAUGCGAUUCAUAACGAUCAAUAUACUUGUCGGAUAAAUACUACGGAAAAUGGAAUGGACGAUAACGAUGUAAAGCCAUCGAACGCAAAAAAAUACGAUUGGGACGAGAUGAUGCAGGGUAUUAUUCUAUCGUCGUUUUACGUGGGUUAUGUGAUAACGCAUUUACCUGGUGGAAUGUUAUCGGAAAAGUUUGGUGGAAAAUAUUCUCUUGGUUUGGGUAUAUUGGCGACGGGAAUUUUCACGUUAAUUACACCGAUUACCGUGGAAAUUGGAGAAGCGACAGGUUUGAUCAUUGUACGCGUAUUAAUGGGCCUUUGUGAAGGAACGACGUUUCCGGCGUUAAAUGCUAUGCUCGCACAAUGGACACCACCGGAGGAAAGAUCUAUGAUCGGUUCAUUGGUAUUCGCUGGUGCUCAACUUGGCACGGUAUUUGCAAACUCUUUAUCCGGCGUUAUUCUUCGAUAUUCGAUAAUAGGAUGGCCAGCUGUAUUUUACGUGUUCGGUAGUAUCGGAAUUCUUUGGUUUUUAUUAUGGUUAGUGAUAUGUUAUAAUAAUCCGGAUACGCAUCCGUUUAUUUCCGAAAGAGAACGAAUCUUUUUACAAGAAAGAAUGCGAGCGCAUACCCAUAAAAAACCACCGUCGGUACCUUGGAGACACCUUCUUAAAUCUACACCGCUUUGGGCAUUGAUAGCAGCACAAGUUGGUCAUGAUUGGGGUUUUUUCACUUUGGUCAACGAUCUCCCGAAAUACAUGAGCAACGUGCUCAAAUAUUCGAUCGAUCACAACGGAUUUCUUUCCGCUUUACCAUAUUUAACUAUGUGGAUUUGCAGUACGAUAACAUCCUGUCUAGCUGAUUGGAUGAUCACAAAUGGUCUGAUGUCACGUACAAAUGUACGUAAAUUAGGUACUACGAUUGCCUCGCUUGGACCAGGAGCAUUCAUUCUCGGUGCGUCUUAUGCCGAAUGUGACAAGACAACUGUUGUUAUUAUGUUCACCCUCGGUACAACGCUAAUGGGAACAUUUUAUCCAGGAAUGAAGGUAAAUGCUCUAGAUCUUAGUCCAAAUUAUUCCGGUACUUUAAUGGCUCUGGUAAAUGGAAUAGGCGCUUUUACCGGCAUUUUAACACCGUAUAUCGUUAGCAUAUUGACUCCGAAUCAGGCUCUUCACGAAUGGAGACUUGUAUUUUGGAUUGUUUUCGGCGUUUUUGUAUUAACCAAUAUAAUUUUUGUGCUGUACGCCAGCGGAGAAGUCGAAUAUUGGAAUGAUCCUGAAUUCGUUAGAACCGAAAAAGAAAGGAUACAAAAGAAAGUUAUAGAUGAAAAAAUGGAAAAAAUUCAGAAACCUCUUUCCUGAAUAGGAUAAUUGAAAAUAUUUUUGUUUGAUAAAUUUCUCAUAAUUUCAUGUAACGAUCAAUGUGCAUUGAUUUUUACAACUUAAAUUAUAUGUACACAUAUUGUGAUAUAUAUAUAUAUAUAUAUCACACGUAUUAGUACGUGUAAACAAUACACGAAUAUCGAGUCGAUAUUCUUGACCAUUUAUCUUAUUUAUCUACAGACUUACUCGUUAUAUUUUUUAUUAAAACGAAAUAAGUUUUUCAUUUAUUUUCAUUAUCUGUGGAACGUAUUUAUUAAUCGGUGCAAAAAUUCGUUUCUUUUCAUAGAUCUAAAUUUUUCAUUAAUUUCUUAGUAAAAGUAAAAAUAUGUUGCACAUUUUUAUUGAAAUGAAAUAUUUUCUCGCGCUUUCUUUGUUGCAUUUUUGCGGAUCGAUCGAACGCUGAUAUUGUGAAAAAGAUAUUAUAAAAUAAAACGUUUUUUUCUAUUUCGAUCUGAAAAAAAAAAAAAUAAAGAAAAAAAAACGAACGAGUUUUUGUACGAAUCUAAUAAUAUUACUUUAAAUUUCGAUAGUUCGCUCUAGUCCAAGUUCGAAACAAAUGAUAAAUCGAAUGAUUACGUGUGUGUAUUAAUCCACGCGUUACUCAAGCGAGAAUAAAAGACAGAUUUUGUUAUUACAUAUUACAUUGAUGAAUUCUCGCGAUUAACGAGACUCGGUGUACCUGAAAAAUAUUUUUCUAAUUACGUGUCUUAAAAUAGAUUGUGCGCAUUGUUAAAUAUUGUCAUUGAAAUAAGUGAAGGGAUAAUGAAAAAUCGUAUGUGUAAUUGUAUAUAUGAAUAUUUAGAAUAAAUUAUAUGCGCAUAUGAUA